AACGGGCAGGGCUCAGGAUUCGUAUGGGAUGACGCGGGGCACAUCGUGACGAACCGGCAUGUCGUUGUCGACGCCGAGCGCAUAACGGUCGUCUUCUCUGACGGCAGCGACAUCAAGGCCGAGGUGGUCGGUUGGGACGAAGAUUCAGACUUGGCAGUCCUGAAAAUUGAGCGCGACGCGGAGCUGCUGAAACCAGUAAGCCUUGGGGACAGCAAUGAAAUUCGCGUCGGGCAGAUCGCAAUCACCAUUGGCAACCCGUUUGGGCAGGAAUUCUCAACUACAACGGGCAUUGUCAGCGCCAUCGGACGCACUAUACGCACUAGCGAUUCCCACUUCUCAUUGCCUAAGGUCAUACAAACGGAUGCACCAAUGAACCCGGGUAAUUCAGGGGGCCCCUUGCUGGAUCGGCGAGGGCGUGUCAUCGGCAUCGACGCCCAGAUAAUUACACGCUCGGGCUCGAACACGGGCAUCGGCUUUGCUAUACCAAUAAACAUUGCAAAACAGAUUGUACCCGUUCUCAUCAGCGACGGUGCCUUUACAUACUCAUGGCUGGGCAUCCGCGAGCUGAUGAACGCACCAGCAGGAACUCGCGGGGCUCAGGUGAUUGCGCUUGCAGAAGAAGGCCCCGCGCAGCAGGCUGGCCUAGUCGGCAGCGACAAGAACAAGCGGACAGAUGAAGGCAGCAUACGUUACGGAGGCGAUGUCAUAACGGCCAUAGACGAGCAGGUUAUCGUCAGCAUGAACGACCUGAUCAUAUACCUAAUGGAAAACACGAAACCGGGCGACACGGUCACGAUGAGCGUAGUGCGAGACGGGGGAGAUAGCGCCCAAAUUGAAGUGACUCUGGAAGCUCGCCCGCAAACUGUUGGCUGA